CUGUCCCCCCCGUUAAACUCAACUACCACAUUCUACUCCUUCUGCGAACCGUCGCCAUGCCAAACGUAUUUGCUCCGUCGGUGUUCUUUAUUGUUUUUCGAGAGGUUCUCGAGGCAGUCAUCAUUGUUUCCGUGCUUCUAUCUUUCCUGAAGCAAUGCCUCGGCCAACCAGACCAAGACCAAAAGAUCUACAAACGACUGGUACGACAAGUAUGGUUUGGGUCAUUAUCAGGAGUUUUCGUCUGCCUGGUUAUCGGUGGUGCGUUCAUUGGAGUCUUCUACGGCGUCGGCAAAGACAUCUGGUCAAAAUCAGAGGAUCUCUGGGAGGGCAUAUUCUACCUCAUUGCCACAGUCAUCAUCACAGUCAUGGGUCUUGCGCUUCUGAGGGUCAAUAAAAUGAAGGAGAAGUGGAGGCUCAAGAUUGCACACGCUCUUGUCGACAAGGCGAAGCACCAUAAUGCCAAAUCCUGGCUCGGUGCUUGGGGGAAAAGGAAUGCUCUGUUCAUACUUCCGUUCAUCACGACAAUGCGGGAAGGAGUCGAAGCAGUAGUGUUCGUUGGAGGAGUAUCUCUCGGCUUGCCAGCUACAGAAUUUCCGCUGCCAGUCAUAACUGGCUUACUGGCCGGUUUGCUGAUUGGGUACCUCAUCUACCGGGGCGGAAACGUCCUGUCCAUCCAACUAUUCCUCAUCGCCUCCACCAGCGUUCUGUACCUCAUUGCAGCGGGCAUGUUCUCAAAGGCUAUUUGGAGCUUGCAAUUCCACACCUUCGCUCAGAAAGUCGGCAGUGACGUGGCAGAGCAAGGAUCCGGGCCAGGCUCAUACGACAUCACGCAGAGUGUCUGGCAUGUCAACUGCUGCAGUCCGCAAACCGACCACGGGUGGGACGUCUUCUAUGCCCUUCUAGGCUGGCAAAACUCGGCCACCUAUGGCUCUGUCAUUUCUUACAAUGUUUACUGGAUUGGUAUCAUGGUUGCAGUGUCAUGCCUAUUGUAUGAGGAGCGCACUGGUUCACUACCGCUGAAAACCCAGACCCUGGCAACAUUAGCGAAGGUUCCUGGGCUCAAAGGUUGGGCGAAGAAGAAGCAAGCAAUAUCGGCGGAGGAACGAGCUGGAAUUGUUCGCCAAGGUCAAGCUCACUUGGCUGGUGGAGUUUUCCAUGAUUCUGACGGUUCGUUGUCGGAGGACAACCGACAGCUAGCAAAGUAGCUGGCUCCCAAUGAUGUGAGGCCGAUAGGAAUAGUGAAGAGGUUGAUUUGAUCUUUCUUACAAGGUGGUACAGGUGGGGAAAUUGGCGUUAAGAGGUUCUAGCAUAUUGAAUUCUUAAUUUGAUGAAAUCAGAUAGCAGUUUCAACACCGAUCCGUUGAUCUCUCCGA